UGUGGUUAAGCCCCCGGGCUGGGGGGGAGGGGAGGAGAAGCGCGGGGUACGCCCACUCCGCCGGCCGCGGCCGCCCUGCGCCCCGCGCCGUCUCCCACACGGCUUCUGCGUGAUCAAGUGCAGCCGGCAGCUCUCUCUCGUUUUGCUCCCGGCGCGGUCGCAAAUCUCGCCCUUACACUACCCACUGUGUGGGACUCGCCGUCCCAGUCCCACCUCUCUAAAAAAUGUCUAAUCACCUGCGGAAGGUUUUCCUGAACUCCGCUGAGGAAAGUUCAGGCCCCGCCUCGAACUGUGUUUCAGGCUGCAUGUACCAAGUAGUUCAGACGAUUGGCUCGGAUGGAAAAAAUCUUCUGCAAUUACUUCCAAUUCCUAAUUCUUCUGGAAAUUUUACCCCGCUAGUUCAAUCUUCAGUCAUGUCUGAUGCUUUGAAAGGGAAUACAGGAAAACCAGUCCAAGUUACUUUUCAGACUCAGAUUUCCAGCUCUUCCACAAGUGCAUCAGUUCAAUUGCCCAUUUUUCAGCCAGCCAGUUCUUCAAACUAUUUUCUUUCAAGAACGGUAGAUACAGCAAAAAAAGGUAGAGUUACUUCUGUGGGAAUUGAAAAUUUCACUUCAUCUGUUCCUAAAGUUAAGAGUCAUGGUGUGAAAAUUGAUGGACUCACCAUGCAAACAUUUGCUGUUCCUCCCUCAACACAAAAUGACUCAUCUUACCUUAUAGUCAAUACCCCAAGUGCUUCAAUGGCGAUGUCUCCAGUUUUGCCUUCUGGGCAUCAUUUACAGAUUCCAGCCCACGCUGAAGUGAAAUCUGUACCUGCAUCAUCUUUGCCUCCUUCUGUUCAGCAAAAGAUUCUUGCAACUACAACUACAAGUACUCCAGGAACAGUUGAGGCCUCCCAAAUACCAACAGUUAUUUAUGUGUCUCCUGUAAAUACAGUGAAAAGUGUAGUUACCAAGAACUUUCUGAAUAUUUACCCAAAGCCUGUUAAGGAAAGAACAAAGACAGUGAUACUAAAUACCACACAAAUCCCAACGAAUGUUGCUGCAGAAACACACUUAAAAGGUGGUCAAGCUGCUCCAGUGAAAUGGAUUUUUCAAGAAAAUCUACAGCCUUAUACUCCAUGUCUUGUUCCUGUUAAGUCUUCAAAUAAUGUGGCUUCCAAGAUUUUAAAAAGCUUUGUAGAUAAGGAAAGUUUGGGAGAUAAUACUGUAAAUAUGACUCCAUUGAGUACCACUGGUCCUAGUGGGGCACAGCCCCAAAGUGUGCCUAUUAAAGAUAAUGCUUUGGUAAUGUUUAAUGGGAAAGUCUAUCUGUUAGCUAAAAAGGGCACAGAUGUUCUACCAUCACAAAUUGACCAAAGGAAUGGCAUAUCUUCUGGUAUUCCACUAAGAAAAGAGAAAUCACGGGUAGUGAGUUCAAGUCCAGUCACUGAUAUAUCCAGAGAGGUUGUAAAUAUUGUUUUGGCUAAAAGUAAAUCCUUCCAGAUGGAGACAAACUCAUUUUCAAAUACUCAGCUUUCUUCCAUGGCCAAUCUAAGGACAGAGAAGAAUAAAAAGGUGGAGAAACCAUCUCUGUCUACCACAAACCCACAUAAUAUGAAAGAAUCCAAUAACUGCCUAAAACAGAGUAAGACUUUAUUUACAAUGCCAUUUUUUCCUGAUGGAUUUAGUACAGGACAGACUGCCCCCAGAAAAGAACAUGUCAUCCAGAGCAUAGAGAAACUAAAUUCCUCUGUUGAUGCAACAACUGUUACUUCACAACAGUGUGUUUUCAGAGACCAAGAUCCAAAGAUCCAGAAUGAAAUGGCCUCAACAAUAGAAAAAGGUAUUCAAAGAAGAAAUGACAAGAAAGAUUCUCAAAGAAGCAGUAAUAAGGCACCAUAUCUGAAGAAUGAUGCUGAAUUUAAAAAGAUGUUUGGUCUCACUAAGGAUUUGAGAGUAUGCCUUACUCGAAUUCCUGACCAUCUGGGCUCUGGAAAAGGAUUUCAUUCCUUUAGUAGUUUGGUGCAAAAUAAUGUUCACAAAGAGACAGAGUCUGUGGUAAAGGAAGAAGAAAGAAAACAGAAUUUUGGUAAGAAAAGGAAAGCAAAAACAGUUAAGAUGGAUCACACAAAGAAGAGAAAAACCAAGAAUGCAUUUAAUGCAGUCAUAAAUGGAGGAAUUGAUGUCACCAGUUCCCAAACCGUUAGCAGUAUUUUGCCAGCUUCAGAUGCGUUACAACGUGACUUUGUCACAAGCCACAGAAAAACCUCAGAAGAAAAAAGUGCAGAGAUUGAACACUGCUCCUUUGAGAAGCAGGAGAAAGAAAUAAUGAGUCCUAAUGUAGCUUUUGAACAGAGUCAUUCCUUUAAUAAAAAUUACACUGAAGAUGUUUUCCCAGUGACACCACCAGAACUGGAAGAAACCAUCCGAGAUGAAAAAAUCAGAAGGCUUAAACAAGUACUGAAGGAGAAAGAAGCCGCUCUUGAAGAAAUGCGUAAGAAGAUGCACCAAAAAUAAUGUCAUAUACUUAAAAGACUGGAGACAGUACUGAAUCCUCUGUAUAAAUGUUGUAAUAAUAUGAUAGUAACUUCAGUAACCCCAAACAUCUACUUAAGUGAAUAAUGGGCAGGUAUUGUAUACAGUGUGGAUACUUUGGACAAAAGAAUGAUUAAUGUCCUAAGCAGGACAUUGAGAGAUUUCAUCACACUAAUGACAUAUAUUUUAAAACAUAGGAAACUUUUUUAGAGUUUUCUAUUUAAUAUUUUGGACAGCAGUUGACUGUGGGUAACUGAAACCAAGUUAGUUACAGGUGCAUUUUGAAAGUGUCUUUGAAUACAAAACCUUUUUAUGUAUUACAAAAUUUUAAGGAAUACAGAAAAUGUUGUUGAUUCACAUGACUUAUGAAUAAACUACAUGGGGUAUCUGGACCAUUAGAUACCUUUUUUUGUGGAAAGAGUUAAUAUUUUUCUAUUACUUUAACUACAGUUCCCAAAGUUUAAAUAUUUGUACAGUUUCUGUUGUUGUAUCUUUAACCAAAUUGCUAGGUGUUACUCCAACAAUAAUUAAUUGUUGUAUUUUGAAAUUCUACAAGCCAGGAAAGGAAACUAGCUAUAAAUCGACUUUACCAUUGAGGUUAUACUCUCUCAGUCAUACUCAUAAAAUGAUAGUAUCUUCUACUUACCAUUAUUGACAUUUGUUUCUCAAAACAAAUGACAGCGUUGAGUAUUCAAUUGUUCCUCAAGAGUGAAAGGUCCUCUUUCUAGAAUUCUCUUUGCAAAGUUAUGUUAUGUAAUCCCUAACGGUAUUUGGAAUUCAGGCUAUUUGGUGAUGUUGUACUUGGUUUUCGAAUGAUGUUAGGUAGCAGCUCUUGUUUUUCUUUUUUGGUUAGAUUGUAUGAAAGGUAGAUCUUAACAAUAGUCACAUUUGAUCUCAAACUGCAAAGUAUAGUUUUUCUUAGUAGAAGCAUGUGUUUUUCUUUCUAGGUAAUUCUUAUUUAGAAGAGUUUAAGGUUAUAUAACAGAUUAAAAAGAAUAGAGUAAGUUGAUUACAAAUAAUUUACAAAUCUCUGGAAAUAAGAGGUUAGUAACUACAAUGACUACAAAAGAGAAAAUAGUAAAUAAAAUACUGAACAGGAGUGAAAUAAAAACUCUUUUGUA